AUGGCAGCCACCAACACACACUACUAUGCCGACAGCAUGUACAACAUGUACCACCACGCCCUGCCACCCACAUACUACGACAACACGAGCAGCGGCAGCAGCAGCAGCUACUACCAGAGCAACCAGGGCUGGCAGCCGGCGAGCUAUCAGCCCAGCAGCUACGCCCACUACAGCCAGGAGAGCUACAGCGAGAGCUGCUACUAUGCCAACUACCAUCAGCAGCAACAGCAGCCACAGCAGCAGCAGCCAUUGUGCCUACCCGCUCUCGAUGCAGUGCCUCAGUACCAAGUGCCCACAGUUGCCGAGCCAAGCGUUGAAGCCAGCUCGCCUGCUCCGGCUAAGAGCCGUAAGCGCAAGGCAGAGGAAUCCGCCGCGGACAUCAUCGCCGCCGUGGAGGAGCGACCCAGCACACUGCGCGCCCUGCUCACCAAUCCCGUCAAGAAGCUGAAGUACACGCCCGACUACUUCUACACGACGAUCGAGCACGUGAAGAGGCCCAGCAAGAGCAGCUCCGCCGGCGAGCUGUCGCCCUGCUACGAGCAGGACUACGCCGUGCCCACGCCCUCCACACAGCAGACGCACAUGUCGCCACAGCGCAGCACCGGCGAGGAUGUCGACUAUCUGGACGUCUACUCGCCCCGCAAGCCGGCCAAACAUGGCGACUUUGUCACCCCACCACCAGCAGCCACCACGCCCGUCGAUGGCCUCGGCCUCGGCCUCGGCAUCGGCAUCAGCACGCCACCCCAGUCGCCGGCCGAGAAGUCGAAUGAAAUCAAUCAUCGCAUUGUGACAGCUGCCAAUGCCAGCAACGAAUUCAAUUGGUCGCACAUUGAGGAGACCAUCGCAUCAGAUUGCAAAGACUCCAAACGCACACGACAAACCUACUCCCGCUACCAGACGCUCGAGCUGGAGAAGGAGUUCCACUUCAAUCGCUACAUCACGCGACGUCGACGCAUGGACAUUGCCCAUGCGCUCAAUCUGAGCGAGCGCCAGAUCAAGAUCUGGUUCCAGAACCGCCGCAUGAAGUCCAAGAAAGAUCGCACGCUCGAAGCCUCGCCCGAGCACUGCACCGCCGCCGGCUAUGCCUCGCUCCUGCCACCGUUGGAUGCCACCGCUAUGCCGCCACAGUCACAGCCUCAGCCACUGACCCAGCCACAGUCGCAGUCGCAUCUACAGCCCGCUGCUGUCAUGCCCUAUGCCGCAUACCCUGCCUACUUGCCCGCCGCCCAGCAGAGCUAUGAUUACCCGCAGCAGUCGCCGCCACCGCCGCCGCUGCACUUCGCCCAGCCGUACGAUGCGCAGUACACACCGCAAUAUCAUCAACAGACGCAGCAGCAGUGCAGCUACCAGCAACAACAACAACAGCAACAAGAGCUGAGCACCUCCAACCAGGCGCUGUAUCAUCUGCCCUAAACGAACCCGCACACACACAAACACACACACACUCUGACCCACACACAAACGCACACAACCGUAACGAACGCGCCACGAAUUCUCGACCAUUUGCCGGUGACACG